UUAAGGAGAGGAGUUUUCAUGUGGAUGACGUCCAAUUUGGGGAGCUGGGGAGACAUUUGGUUUUGAUAAAAACAAGCUCUAUUUUUAGUUAACACUUAUAUAAUUCUCCGUAUCCAAACAUACGAUCGACUUUAAUUAAUUAUUCCGAAUCAAUUUGUAUGCCUGGAUUUGAACAAAUAUAUUUUUUGAUGUAAUUAUUUCAGAUGCAUUUGGUUGGAGAUUGAACGACAAAAAUACAAUUUAUAAAGUCAACUGAAAAGAUGCCAUUAUCUACUGUCUUGACUGUGCUGCUUUGUGUUUGGACACUAGUACAGAACAUAAAUGGACAGCGACUUCAUUCAACUCCUUCAUCUAAAUUAAUAACAAAUGUUACUUUUUGUCCUUUAAUGCUACUCUCACCGAGUAUAAGUGAACCCUAUUUUGGGAAGAGAGCUGUGUUUACUGCGUUUGUAGAAGCAAAACUGGAUCAUCCGAUAGACGCUCGAUGGCAGAGAAUUAAGAAUGGCCGUAAUGAAAGUAUUGAUAUAUAUAGUAUAAAAUAUGACGAGACUCAAAAUCUUCCUUCUCCAAAACUUGUCAUCAAUAACGUCACAUUUGAUGACGUUGGAUAUUAUCAACUGCAAGUCAGGAUUUCUGGAGGCUGGUGUACUAGUAGUAGAAGAGUUCACCUACGUAAUGUAUGGGGAAAUAUUGAUGAGUGUAUAUCGACUGGAAGUAAUUCCUGUGAUGUUACCAAAGAAACUUGUGAAAACACAGACGGCGGUUACAUCUGCAACUGUUUAAAAGGAUACAGAAAAUUGGAUGAUACUUGCAAUGAGAUAAAUGAGUGCAUAGAAGGAACUUCGGGGUGCCAACAAAUUUGUAAAAAUACUCCAGGGUCAUUCAAUUGUUUAUGUCACCCAGGAUUCAAUCUAAAUGAAGACAACUCUACUUGCAAUAAAACAGAUAACGAUCUCUGUAGAGAUUUUGAGAAGGAAUGUGAGUAUGCUUGCAGUACUAUAGACGGAACCACCCAGUGUAUAUGUCCAUCUGGGUACAAGCUUACAGAUAAUGGGAUAAACUGCACAGAUGUUGAUGAAUGUUCACUGGAUACUUCUCCUUGUGAUCAGGAAUGUGACAACAUGAAAGGAUCUUUUAUAUGUAUCUGUCGUCCUGGUUAUAGUCUGAACGCUGAUAAAACUUCCUGUUCAGUUUGUGACCUACCAAACUACGGUGAGAAUUGCAGCCAGGUAUGCGAAUGUGGUCCAGGUGUAAAAAGGUGCGACCCUGUUAGUGGAUGUAUCUGUCUCCCGGGAUGGACUGAGAAAAACUGCAGUGUCGACAUUGAUGAAUGUCAGCUAAACCCAAGUAUAUGUGGUAGCAAUAAACUCUGUCAUAACACUGAAGGUUCUUACCGGUGUGAUUGUUUACAAGGAUUCAAAUUAAUCGAAGACAAGUGUGAAGAUAUCGAUGAGUGUGACGAUGCAUCACUGAAUGACUGCCCGGUGGACACUACACAGUGUAUGAACACGUUCGGUAACUAUACCUGUGAAUGUAAGGAAGGAUAUCAAAGAAAAAGCUCUGUCUGUGAAGAUAUUGAUGAAUGUAAGACUCCUAUUCACGGAUGCUCCCAGAAAUGCGAAAACGCCGAUGGUGGAUACAGUUGCCUGUGCUUCUUCGGAUUUACACUUAAGGAUGAUCGAAAAACGUGUGAAAAGAUGCCAGCUCGAGAUUCUUGUUCCUUGUUUCCGGAAUUAAACUGUUCCUACGGUUGUAAACAAGUCGCACAUUACGAUCACACUGGAAUUUGUUUUUGUGAGACAGGAUACAAACUUGCAGUGGACAGGAAAACAUGCAAAGUUUGUGAACUACCAAACUACGGUGAGAAUUGCAGCCAAGUAUGCGAAUGUGGUCCAGGUGUAGAUAAGUGUGACCCUGUUCGUGGAUGUGUCUGUCUCCCGGGAUGGACAGAGAAAAACUGCAGUGUGGACAUUGAUGAGUGUCAGCUAAACCCAAGUAUAUGUGGUAGCAAUAAACUCUGUCAUAACACUGAAGGUUCUUACCAGUGUGAUUGUUUACAAGGAUUCAAAUUAAUCGAAGACAAGUGUGAAGAUAUUGAUGAGUGUAACGAUGCAUCACUGAAUGACUGUCCGGUGGACACUACACAGUGCAGGAACAUGUUCGGUAACUAUAGCUGUGAAUGUAAGGAAGGAUAUCAAAAGAGAAACUCCGUCUGUGAAGAUAUUGAUGAAUGCGAGACUCCUACUCACGGAUGCUCCCAGAAAUGUGAAAACGCCAAUGGUGGAUAUAGCUGUCUUUGUGUCCUUGGAUUUACUGUAAAGGAUGAUAGAAAAACCUGUGAAAAGGUCCCAGAUCGAGAUUCUUGUUCCUUUUUUCCGGAAUUAAACUGUUCCUACGGUUGUAAACAACUAGCAUAUGACGAUCACAAUGGAGUAUGUUUUUGUGAGACAGGAUACGAACUUGCAGAGGACGGCAAAACAUGCAAAGAUAUUGAUGAAUGCGUGGAAAAUAUUGACAACUGUUCAAAAGAUGCCCUCUGCACUGAUACUGUUGGAAGUUUUAAUUGUAGCUGUUUCAAGGGAUUUAAGGGCGAUGGAUACGACUGUGCGGGUUGUCGAGAUUUUACGUUCGGGGAGCAAUGUUCUGAAGCUUGUUCCUGCAUUGUUAAUAACUCGCAAAACUGUGAUGCUGAGACUGGGAUAUGUAUUUGUAAAACAGGAUGGGAGGCGUCUGAUUGCUCACAAGAUGUGGAUGAAUGUGAGGAAAAAAUCAUCGAAUGUGAUACGAGUUUGUAUCAAGUAUGUGUAAACAUUCCAGGCUCCGCCAGAUGUGAGUGUCGUUUCGGAGGACUGAAUAUCACAGAUUGCAAUCAUCCAAAGCCCCCGCACAGAACAAAUCAGACAGAAGUCAAGAUAAAGACUGAAGCAACUUUCUAUAUCAAAAUCAACCGUGUAGAGUUUUUGACGAACAGUGAAAAGUGGCGUCAGGGAUUUGAAAUAUCGCUGAUGAAAUUUUACCAAACGGAGAACGUUCGAGGAUUUUCAACCAUUUUAAUCCUUACAAUUCGACAACCAGCGCCAAAUUACGGUGGUCAACAAAGUGGGGCUAUACGACAAGAGAGUGUAAUUAUUGAUUAUGAAAUAAUAGGAUCUGAGAAAGAGUCUAGCAAACUUAAAACGGAUUUAGCCACGUCUAUGGGGAAGCUUUUGAGCGGCAAAAAGAAGAUCAAAGUCCUGGAUCAGGCACCAGUAAUCAAGGAUAUUACCAUAAAAGAUUCCAAUGGAGCCCCGAUAGAAAAUAUAUCGGUUUCUUCAUCGCCCUGCAGCGUGUUUAAAGGUUUUGGUGGAACGUGUUCUGACGGCGAAAUAUGUGACGAUUCUUUGGGAAUAGCAUCGUGUGUUAAACUUUCAUCCCCGUUGUCAGAUAAGACUAUCCUAAUCAUCGCUACUGGUGUAAGCAUUCCCGUUUUAAUGAUAAUCAUUGCUGUAUUAAUCACCUGCUUAUAUUGUCAAAGGAAAUCCAAACAUCUCGAGAACACUAUUUCAAAAAGAGUAGAGAAUCUGGAAUCCAAAAUGAGGGUAAACAACGAAUCGGACCUUAAGCUUAAAUCAGACCUAUCCAAUUACGAUUCGAUUGACUCAACAACAGACGGGAAUACCAACGAGUACUGUGAACUGUCUGAUGUUCCCCGGCAUUUCUACGCCAAUACAAAGGAUGAAGGUCACAGCUAUGCGAAUUACACGAGUGAUUCUUUUUACGAUAUGCCUUUUACCAACGAAUAGCGGUACCAUCUAUACCAACCAACGUGAGAAGAAAAGGAUCGGCGUCAUCGUACAAAAAUUAUAUGAAUCAUUAUCGAUUAUAUGUACUAACAAAAUAGACAUCAUUCUAUCCAUGUUAAUGAAAUAUGUACUCGUCUCACAUAGGAUACGGGAAACUUCCAAGUGCAUUUCAAACAUGUUUGAUCAAGGCCAUAAUCCUAAUCAAGAGUAGAUUAUAAGUUUAGGUACUGUAUUAGAAACAAUGAAUUCUUUUUAAUAUGUGAUAUUUCUUUAUCUUAUACGGUAUACCUAUCUAUCAAUAUUGUAUCAUUGGUGUAUACAUGCAUAGUAUAUUUUUGCUGCAUUUUAAUUAAAAAUAUACCUUCA